UUUUUUUUUUCUUUCUUUCUUUCUUUCUUUCUUUAUUUUUUCAUGAAUAAAGAAAAGAAAGAAUAAGAAUGAGAACAAAAGGAAAUAAUAGAAAUAUACAAAAGUAAAUGCCAUUCUAGUUAUCUUACAUACAUUAUCAAUUCCUCUUUUAAUAACUCUCUUUUUUUUUAUUUGGUUUUCUUCUCCUCCUCUAAAUAAAGAACUUCAAAACUGUUUUUGCCCAUAGAUAAUAAAACUGAAUUACAGACAUCAACAAGUCUAGUUGAAAAACCUAUUCGUAGAUUUAAAACAAUUCAACCUGAUCCUAAAGGACUUGUAACAACAAAAGAAAAUUGGAAUGGUCAUGUCUUUAUUGCUUCUCCUUAUGAUCAGCCUACGACGACAACUGUCCAUCCACCAAUGAAUAAAGCAAUUAAAGUUGUCCGACAGACAUUUACAACCAAUAAAUAUAAUGACAAAACUGAGGCUACAACAGAGAGACCUACGAUGGGAGGUAAAACGAUUUCAGCUAUAUCAGCUCCUCCUACUCAUACACACAUGUCCUCACAAGAAUUAAAGUUGCUUAGUCGUCGAAUUGAUCCACAUGAGCCCUUAUCUUCUCCUCAUGCAUCACCUAAAAAGCCACCACUCCCUAAUCUGAGUCGUAAAAGACCCCAGAACCGACAAGAUGAACAAGCAAGGAUGAAGAGAGUGAAGACAGCUUAUGAAACUACGCUUAAUAAAAGAUAUGUAUGUGAGCCCUGCCAUAAAGUCUAUAAAACUAGAAAUGGUCUCACCUAUCAUAAAGAAAAAUGUAAAUAUCAAAAAUAUAAUGAAACAGCAUCAAAGACGAUUAUUCGUUGUAUUUGUUCUUAUCCUACUGAGAACAAAGGAACGAUGAUCGAAUGCACACAAUGUCAUACCUGGCUUCAUUCAAAAUGUUCUGGUGACGUUACAAAUGAAGAAAGUUAUUGUUGUCCAAGAUGUGAUACAAGUCCUUUACUUGACACUACAUGUACAUCUGAAAUAAAUAAACAAAUUGAAGAAGUGAAGCAACAGCAAGAGACAGAUGAUGGCCAUUCUUUAUAUCAAGAGAGGGACAUUCUUCAAUCGAGGAAUGAAUCAGAGGAAUCUACAAUUCAAGAACAAUUCGAUUUUAUUAAUUUAUUUUCUGAUGAUCUUUUAGAUAAUAGUAAAGAUGGAUUUAUGAUGACACUUGAUUCUCUUUCUGCAGUACAAGAACCACUACUUGAUAAUGACAACAAUAACCAAUCUUUAGCUGAAGAGGACCCUUCCUGGGUCAAUGAAUUUUCUGUGGACUUGAAUAGUUCUCAUGAUGACACUCCUUCCUUAUUAUUUUCAGAUAAUAAUCCCUCUUCUUCUUCAUUUCUGGAUGAUUUCUCUGCUGAUAUUCCUUCUUCACCUCAAGCGGACUGGCUCCAUCUUGCUAAUUUUGAGGUUGAUUUCACUCCAGACUUUAUCAAUUUUUAGUAAAUAAAUAAAUAAAUAAAUAAUAAUAAACACAAAGAAU